AUUACUCUCUUUGAAGCUCUCUUUGACUGUGUGGAAGCAGCAGGAGCAUCUUUUCUGCCAAAAGCCUCAGCGCCUUAAGUUGAUGUUUUACAGCAUCCACAGACUCAUUUUAAAACCUGUCUUUCACUCUCUGAGGCCACUUAUUUUCAUACGAAACUCCCGAAAGCUGACAUCCAAAAUGUCUUUCCAGUACCCGCAGGCUUACCGCGACGAUGCAGUGGUGGAUGAUUAUCAUGGUAACAAAGUACCUGAUCCAUACAGCUGGCUGGAGGACCCUGACAGUGAGAAGACACAGGCCUUCGUCAGCGCUCAGAACCAGCUGACGUUGCCGUAUUUAGAGCGCUGUGAGGUGCGAGACCUGUUCAAGGAGCGCAUGACUGAGUUGUAUGACUACCCGAAGUAUAGUUGUCCCUUUAAGAGGGGAAGCAGGUACUUUCACUUCUACAACACAGGCCUCCAGAACCAGAGUGUGAUGUAUGUGCAGGAGAACCUGGAUGCUGAGCCCACAGUCUUUUUGGAUCCAAACACAUUUUCAGACGAUGGAACAGUUGCCUUGCGAGGCUAUGCUUUCUCUGAGGAUGGGGAGUAUCUGGCAUACGGCACCAGUGCCAGCGGUUCAGACUGGGUGGAGAUCCGCUUCCUGCGAGUUGAAGACGCCUCGCCCCUCAAGGACCGCUUGGAGCGAGUCAAGUUCAGCUGUAUGUCCUGGACUCACGAUGGGAAGGGACUUUUCUACAACUCGUACCCUAAUCAGGAGGGGAAGAGCGACGGCACUGAGACAUCCACUAACCUGCACCAGAAGCUUUACUUCCAUGUGUUGGGGACUCCACAGUCUGAGGACGUGCUGUGCGCUGAGUUCCCUGACCACUCGAAGUGGAUGAGUGGAGCGGAGGUGUCAGAUGAUGGACGCUACGUGCUGCUGUCUAUCAGGGAAGGUUGCGACCCGGUCAACAGACUGUGGUACUGUGACCUGCAGACCACUCCUCAGGGUAUCACAGGACUUUUGCCAUGGGUGAAGCUAAUUGACAACUUUGAUGCCGAAUAUGAGUACGUGACCAACGAGGGUACAUUAUUCACAUUUAAAACCAACCUGGACGCCCCGCGUUACCGCCUCAUCAACAUUGACUUUGCAUCUCCGGCUCAGACCAACUGGAAGGAGCUCAUCCCUCAACAUGACAAGGAUGUUAUUGUGUUUGCCACCUGUUCAUACUCCAGCUUCUUGUUUGUGUGUUUCCUCCACGACGUGAAGAAUGUGUUGAAAAUGUACCGUCUGAGCUCCGGGGAGGAACUGAGAACGUUCCCUCUGGAUGUCGGCUCUGUGGUGGGAUUCACGGGACGCAAAAGGGACUCUGAAAUAUUCUACUACUUCACCUCCUUCCUCUCUCCAGCCAUCAUCUACCACUGUGACCUCACUAAGGAGCCGCUGCAGCCCCACAUCUUCAGAGAGGUCACCGUCAAAGGUUUCAAUCCCUCAGACUACCAGACUACUCAGAUCUUCUAUCCCUCUAAGGAUGGCACUCAGAUCCCCAUGUUUAUCGUUCACAAGAAAGGCAUCAAGCUUGACGGCUCCCAUCCAGGUUUUUUGUACGGCUAUGGCGGUUUCAACAUCUCCAUCACGCCAAGCUACAGCGUCUCCCGUCUCAUCUUUGUCAGACAUCUUGGCGGAGUCCUGGCUGUGGCUAACAUCCGAGGAGGGGGAGAGUACGGGGAGACCUGGCACAAAGCCGGCAUGUUGGCCAACAAGCAGAACUGCUUCACAGACUUCCAGUGUGCAGCUGAAUAUCUCGUCAAGGAGGGAUAUACUUCUCCCUCCAAGCUGACUAUAAAUGGAGGCUCCAACGGUGGACUACUUGUUGCGGCAUGUGUGAACCAGCGGCCCGAGCUGUUCGGUUGUGCUGUGGCUCAGGUUGGCGUCAUGGACAUGCUCAAGUUCCACAAGUUCACCAUCGGCCACGCAUGGACUACAGACUUUGGCUGCUCGGAGAAAAAAGAUCAGUUUGAUUGGCUCAUCAAAUACUCCCCUCUCCACAACAUCCGCAUCCCUGAGGGUAAUGGUGUCCAGUACCCUUCAGUGCUGCUGCUCACAGGGGACCACGAUGACCGCGUGGUCCCUCUGCACUCCCUCAAGUACAUCGCCACCCUGCAGCACAUUGUAGGCCGCGGCUCUGAGCAAACAAACCCUCUGUUCAUUCUUGUGGACACAAAGUCAGGCCACGGUGCCGGCAAGCCCACCAGCAAGGUCAUCCAGGAAGUGGCCGACACGUAUGCCUUUAUCGCUCGCUGUCUCAGCAUCAGCUGGGUCAAAUAACUGGAAAGUCCCGUUAACAGUGUGUGUGAUUGUGUUUUAUUUCGAUCUCUCCCUUUUGUCCAUCCAUUAUCAUAUUUGGAAUACUGUUUACAACAGCUGUUCACACCAUGUUUGUAUCUUUACACCAACACGUACAAGAUGUUUGAACUUCUUUUUAUCCAGCCUCUAUGUUUUUUUGUUUCCUUUUGUUUUUGUGUUCGUCUAAGGCCUCUUUCACACAUACACUACACUCCUGAAGAUUACCUGGCAUGCUAUGUCAGGCUGUGUGGGGAUGCAAAUCUUCAAAUCCGACUUUAAGCAAUUUUUUUUAUGGCAUCCCACAUAUUAAAAAAUCAAGGUGAAGUCUGCAGGCUUGAAUGUGAACGCAGCAUUGUCCAGGCUGUGUUCAAGUGGGCGUGUUGACAAUAAUGUUCACGUCACGCAGUACACGUUACUGCUCAUCACAGUUGCAUGUGUUAGGUUUUCGACUCUUGGGUGUUUAAUGCAGAUGCAUCCUCUAGAUUUAAGACAUGGGACAAGUCUGGAAAAAUUCAGGACCUGAAUGUUCUGUAAUUGCCUGUACAUGUUCAGGAGCUUGUGUGAAAAAGGCCUAAUUUUGUCCCUCCCUCUCCCUUUCCCCUCUCUGUGUGAGUCUGUUAGUACGCAGACUCAUCAGGAUCUCAGCCAACAUAAAGCUCUCAGCUAACAAGCCUUCUCCCGAUGGCCAUUUUUGUAGUCCUAAUGAAAGAAGGAAUGAUGGUGAUAUCAGUUGUGGAUGUGUAAAAAGGAGGACAUACCUCCGUGGCUACAACAGUCAGCCAAUCAGCAGUUACAGUCAUGAGGUAAGAUUGUUCCUGGGUCUUCUGGGCACUUCGGUGUGUUACGUUUUAUUUAUUUUGUGUGCACGGGACGGAGGUUGUUGGGAUAUGUAAUGACUUUAGCAUGUAUAAUCCUGACAAGUGCAAAAUGAUGAUGCUGUAAGUUAACAGUGUUGUUGUGAAUGUGAGAGCAAAAAGUUACAAAAAAGGAAGAAAAAAACAAACGUGUGAAAGUGUGUUUAAAAAUCGGUCCCCACUACUCUUCAAGACUGAUAAUGAUUUCUACCUCUUGACAUGUGCUGAUUGUUUACCUUUAAAAGGGAACAAAACACAAUGCCACAACUUCAAUAAACAACUUUUUAAACAGUG